GUAUAAAGCAUCAUCUCAGCUACUGAAUAUUCAUCAGUUCAUCUUCAGAUUUCUUCUUGUAAACACAUCUCAACUACCUCAAACCAUUCAUAAUGUUCAAGAUCCUUGCCCUCAUUGCCUGUCUGGCUAUCGUCGCCUCGGCCCAGUACCAUGGAGUGCCCGAGCACAAGGAUUACCACGAUCAUCCCAAGUACAAGUUCGAGUAUGGCGUGAAGGAUCCUCACACCGGAGACCACAAGACCCAGUGGGAAGUGCGCGAUGGUGAUGUCGUCAAGGGACAGUACACGCUGCACGAGGCCGACGGUACUGAGCGCGUGGUUGACUACAAGUCGGACGGUCACAACGGAUUCGAGGCUGAUGUCAAGAAGGUCGGACACGCUCACCACCCGAGCCAUCCGGUCCAUGCUCCAGUGCAUGCUCCAGUCCAUCAUGCCCCAGCUCACGCCCCAGUGCAUGUGCCGGAUCAUCAUGUCCACCACGGAUACUCGGGUGCCAGCUACGUUAACGUCGAUACGCACUACUAAUAGAAUAUGUUAUUUUACCUUCAGAAUACUGCUUAAUAUGAUUGCGAUACAAAUUUUACAAAUUCAAUUUGCAAGAGGAAUACUGAAUAGAACAGUUGAAUGCAUGCGCAUUCAUUAUAUAAUGCAGGUGAAAUAAAAAGUCACGUUGACUUAAACAACAUCUUGAUCUUGAAACCAACAGGAUUGUCCAAAAAACAUUACAUGAGACUGGGUGACUGGCCCCGCACCCACGUGACCGUUUUGUUUAGCGUCGGGUUGCCUCCCUUCCCCCUACAUCCAGGCACCCAGUUUCCUGGGAUACUCACCUCCCACCUGGAUCGCCAUUGGAUGGGAGAGCCAGUAUUAUCCCUCGGGGGGCUUCGGAUCCCAUCCCAUUGCAGA